AUGAAUCAAAUAUUUGGAAAUGAAGAUGUAUAUGAUAGCUUUGACGAAAACGAAAGUAAUGAAAAAUGGGAAUUUAUUGAUUCAUGGUUAAAAAGUCAUUUUAAAGAUAAGUCUAUACCGCUUUUUGAGAGAAACCGUGAAGUUGCUUCGGCUUUAUAUGAACUGGCACUUUUUAACAAGCAACAAGAUGCUAUGACUGAAAUUAUAAUUAACCGACAAAAAAUUCAAACAGUGGAAUAUCGUGCCGAAGCUAAACGUAUAAAGGAUAUUUUGGAUAUUGUGGAAUUAUCAAAAGUCGAUUUAUCCAAGAAUGGCACACAAGCAUUAAAAACGUUGUCUUCUUUAGCUACAGUUUUGGGUUUAGCUGAUACUGAACGGAGCAGUUAUCUUUCAGCAUUGGCGCAAUUGAAUUUGAACACUUUACGCGUAGAGCGUAAAAAUAAUGUUAUUUUACGUAGCACAGAAUCCAUGGAAACUCAAAUACAAACUGCUAAAUUAAGAAAUGAAAAAUUAAACACACUGUUAUCUAAUUUACGGUGUCGUUGGAACUCAAAAGGACAACAGAAACUUCAAGAAUGGAAAAAGAAUACGUUAUUGUUAUCGGAGAAAGGAAAAGAAUACCAAAGCAGAUUGUCUAUUUUGGAGAGAAAAUAUAAUGAUAUGAACGUAAAAGAAGGUGGUUUACGAUUUAAAGAUUUGAAAGAAAAAGAGAAUAAUGUAAAUGCUUUGGAUCAUGAAAUUCGGUCGAAAACAUCAAAAUUAAAAAUAUAUAAAAUUAUGCCCCCGAACAUGACAUUAGCUAAAUUACAAUUGGAUGAGGCUAAACUGAAACUAGAUGAACUAAAGGAAACUCGUGAUGAAUUAAUAUAUAAUAUGGCCGGGAAUUUUCAGUAG